UGUGCACCUGUCUGCUCCUGUUGGCACCUGUCUGCUCCUGCCAUGAGGACUGUGCUGUUUCUUACUGCGCUGGUGUGCGCCGCUCUGGCCAAAGACACCUUCCACGGUCACCAGGUUCUAAGAAUCCAGGCCAAAGAUGAGACUCAGUUGUCUCUGAUCAAGGAGCUGGAGCAGAUGUUUGAACAGCUGGACUUCUGGAGAGACGUGAGCGAUGUGUCCACCCCCGUCGACAUCCGAGUCCCCGCUGAGACCCUGGACCAGGUCAAAGAGUAUCUGGACUCCUGGGAAAUCGGCUUUGAGACCAUGAUUGAGGAUCUGCAGGCCAUGCUGGAUGAGGAGCAGGAGGAGAUGGAGUCCGCUGCUCGUUUUGGUGAAGCCAGGAACACCGACAGCUUCGACUACGCCAGAUACCACCCCAUCUCUGAUCUGUACAAUUUCCAGGACAUGUUGGUCGCUGAGAACCCAAACCUCGUCAGCAAGAUCGUGAUCGGACAGAGCUACGAGGGACGUCCUCUCAACGUGCUCAAGUUCAGCACCGGAGGAACCAACCGCCCGGCCAUCUGGAUCGACACCGGGAUCCACUCCAGAGAAUGGGUCACUCAGGCCAGCGGCACCUGGUUCGCCAAGAAGAUUGUGGAGGAUUACGGAAAGGAACCCGUCCUCACCUCCAUCCUGAACAAAAUGGACAUCCUCCUGGAGAUCGUCACCAACCCCGACGGAUACGCCUACACCCACUCCUCUAACCGCAUGUGGCGUAAGACCAGGAAGCCCAACCCCGGCUCCAGCUGUGUGGGAGUUGACCCCAACAGGAACUGGGAUGCUGGAUUUGGAGGUCCCGGGGCCAGCGCCAAUCCCUGCUCUGAGACUUACCGUGGUCCCAGCGCUCACUCUGAGUCCGAGGUGAAGGCCAUCGUGGAUUACGUCCAGAAACACGGAAACAUCAAAGAGUUUAUCUCCAUCCACGCCUACUCCCAGAUGCUCAUGUACCCCUACGGAUACACCUAUACCCCUGUGAAGGACCAGGCCGAGCUGCACGCUCUGGCUGAGAAGGCUGUCUCCGCUCUGACCGCCGUCUAUGGAACCAGGUACCGCUACGGCAGCAUCAUCAACGUCAUCUACCAAGCGAGCGGCGGCACCAUCGACUGGACCUAUAACCAGGGCAUUAAGUACUCGUACACGUUUGAGCUGAGAGACACCGGCAGGUACGGCUUCAUCCUCCCGGCCAAUCAGAUCAUCCCCACGGCCGUGGAGACCUGGGAGGCUCUGCUCGUCCUCAUGAGCCACGCCAAAAACAACUCCUGA